AUGAGCUUCAACGACCAAUACAAGUACGAUGCGAUGGCCAACAAGGUUGUACAGGCUGACAAGUCGCUUGUGCAUCGCGGUGGACAGGAGCCCCAGUCGCUAGCGGGCAAGAUUUCGCUUCGAGACAUGGGAAGCGCCAAAAGCGAGAUACAGCCGGAAAAACGGCCAGAAGUGGCCAAGCCGGCCAGAACAGAGUUCAAUUACGGAAAUAACACACUAUACGCCACGCUGCUCCAGCAGCUUGUGUACUACCCCACCACGCAGGAUGCCCAGCUCAUCUUCCAGCUCUUAACUACAUGGUGUGUAAAGUAUCUCCCGGACUCGCUCAACUCCGACGCGAUCAUCUCUGUUGCAGAUGACGUUUUAGCGAUUGCAAAACAGAAGGUGAGCAAUCACGAGAAGCAACGUCAGUGCACAGAGCUCUUGGGGCCCGUCUCCGACGCGGAUUUCCACGAGUUGCUCAGCUUGUGCGAUAGAAUCGUUGAUUAUGAAAAGGUGGUGAGCGAGAGACAGAGUGAUGAGACUGAAAUGGCCAUUGUCUUUGAGGACGAAGAGGAAGAGGAUCCAGUGGAUGUUGAAGACGUGGAGACUGGAGACGCGGAGGCCGGAGACGUGGAGACUGGAGACGUGGAGAUUGGAGACGUGGAAGCUUUGGGAGAGAAUGCUUCCCAUUUGGUGAUUGGAACGUCAAAGGUGGCCAGCAACUCUCCCAAAACCUUUGCCGCUCCUGACUACGACUUGUUCUACGUCUCGCGAAAGCUCUCUGCGUUCUUCCCCGACGCGUACCGCGUCCAGGAACUUUCAACAAAGAUUAUGACCAUGUUAGGCGAUCUCUCCCUCGACGACCGCCUGCUUGAGAACGAGUUGAUGGAAGUGUUUGACUUUGAAAACAGCUUGUUCCCGCUCGUCGAGGACCUCAUCUUGAAUAGACGGCGCAUUGUGUUUGCCAUCAAGCUCAGUGAAACCGAUAAUAAAGCGGCGGUAUUUGCCGAAAUGCGGGCCUUGGACUUGGAUCUGCUCGUAGAAGAGUUUCAGAACCAGCCCAAGAGACGGAAGCUCGAGUCAGUUCCAGAAAAGCCCGCUCCAGAGACGCUCACCCGUAAACCCAAGAUUGUCGACCUCGACGCUCUAUCUUUUGACCAGAACCACGUCACGGCCAAGAUUACGCUCCCGGAGGGUUCCUUCAAGCGCAGCACCAAGCUCUACGAGGAAAUCCACGUGCCGCCACCCGCCAAGCCCGAGCGGCUGGAGUCGGAGCAGCUUGUGGCCAUCCUGUCGAUGCCGGAGUGGUGCCAGAGCGUGUUUCCGGCCAGCGAAACAUCGUCGCUCAAUCGAAUCCAAUCACAGGUCUACCCUACCGUCUUCCACACCACCGAAAACAUCCUCUUGUGCGCGCCUACCGGUGCGGGUAAGACCAACGUCGCGAUGCUUGCGGCGCUUCAGACAAUCGACGGCUUCCGCAACCCCCAGACCAACGACAUCGACCCGGGCUUCAAGAUCGUGUACAUCGCGCCGUUGAAGGCGUUAGUUGCGGAGCAAGUCCGCGAGUUUAAGCGUCGCUUGGGCGUUGCGCCGUACAACCUCCGUGUGGGCGAGCUCACCGGUGACUCCGUCAUGACAAAGCAGCAGAUUACCGAUACACAGAUCAUCGUCACGACACCGGAGAAGUGGGAUGUGAUCACCCGCAAGAGCAAUGACACGUCGUACACGAACCUCGUGCGCCUCGUAAUCGUCGAUGAGAUUCACUUGUUGCACGACGAAAGAGGGCCGGUGUUGGAAGCUAUUAUCGCGCGUAUCCAUCGCAGCGCCGCUCCCGUGCGUUUGAUUGGUUUAUCGGCCACGUUGCCGAACUACAAGGACGUGGCGACAUUCAUGAGGGUCAAACCCCAAGGUGUGUUCUACUUCGACGCCAGCUACAGACCAUGUCCGUUGGCGCAGCAGUUCCUCGGCAUCACCGAGAAGAAGGCACUCAAGAAGCUCAACGCUAUGAACGAGGCUACCUACGAUAAGGUGCUCGAGGCCGCGGGCAAGCACCAGAUGAUCAUCUUCGUGCACUCGCGGAAGGACACCCACCAGACGGCCAAGUGGAUCCGCGACAAGCUUCUCGCGGAAGACAAACUCAACCUUUUCUUGAAGUCGGACCUUGGGUCGCGCGAGAUUCUUAAACAAGAGGCGGAGGGCCCCAAGCUCAAGGAUACCAAGCUCAAAGACUUGUUGCCCACCGGGUUCGGGAUCCACCACGCGGGGCUUACCCGCGAGGAGCGGUCCACGGUCGAAGACUUGUUUGCUGAGGGCUACAUCAAUGUGUUGGUGUCUACUGCCACGUUAGCGUGGGGUGUGAACUUGCCGGCCCACACGGUGAUCAUCAAGGGCACGGAGGUUUACUCGCCGGAAAAAGGGGGCUGGACGCAGUUGUCGCCCCAAGACAUAUUGCAGAUGCUCGGGAGAGCCGGGAGACCUCGCUACGAUACUCAUGGUGAGGGGAUCAUUAUCACCACCCAGGACGAUAUCCAGUACUACCUCGCGGUGCUCAACCAGCAGCUUCCGAUCGAGUCGCAGAUGAUGCGUAAGCUUGCCGAUAGCUUGAACGCCGAAGUAGUGCUUGGUACAGUGACGUGUUUGGAGGAUGCAGUCGAGUGGCUCGGAUCCACAUACUUGUAUGUGCGGAUGCUCCGUUCCCCGGAGAGGUACCGUGUGGGGGAAGAGUAUAAGGGGGAUAGAGAUUUGGUGUGGAAGCGCCAGGAUCUUGCUCACACCGCUCUUGCAAUGUUGGCUAAGAAUAAGCUUGUGGUGUACGAGGAAGAAGCCGGGACGGCCACCAGUACCUCUGGCGUCCGCUCCGUCGUACCCACCGACUUGGGCCGUAUCGCGUCCCACUACUACAUCAACCAUGACUCCAUCCACGCCUACAACCUCCUGCUCAAGCCCUACCUCACGGAAAUGGAGCUCCUCCGCAUUUUCAGCAGUUCUGUGGAGUUUAAAUUCAUCCCGCUCCGCCAGGAGGAGAAGCUCGAGGUUACCAAGCUCUUGGAAAGGUGCCCCAUUCCCGUGAAGGAGUCCUCCGCCGACCCGCUCGCCAAGGUGAAUGUCUUGCUCCAGGCGUACAUCUCGCGGCUUAAGCUCGAGGGGUUUGCUCUCAUGGCAGAUAUGAUCUACAUCACACAAUCGGCAGGUCGUAUUUUGCGCGCCCUUUAUGAGAUUUGCUUGCGCAAGGGCUGGGCGGCGCUCACCAAAACGGUGCUCAACCUCUGCAAGAUGGUGGAGAAGCGCAUGUGGUUGACCAACUCGCCGUUGCGCCAGUUUCCAGACUGCCCCACCGAGAUUAUCAAGAAAAUGGAGAGCUCCCAGAUGCCAUGGAGCCACUACAUGGCACUCACCGAUGCAGCCGAGAUGUCCCAGGCCAUCCGUUCGGAGAAACAGGGUCGUGCGGCGUUGCAGUUAACCCGCCAGUACCCGAAGGUUGCGAUAGAGUACAGCCUCCAGCCCGUCACCCCUACGUUGGUGCGGGUGCUGCUUGCAAUCACCCCCGACUGGGAGUGGAGCAGUGUCCACGGCAACUGCGAGAGCUUCCUCGUGUUUGUGGAGGACGGCAACGGCGAAAGAGUGCUAUAUAGCGACACCUUGCUCGUGUACCGUGACUACAUCGGUCAGGAACAUGUGGUCGAGUUCACCGUCGCGUUGUCGGAGCCGCUCCAGCCGAAUUACUUUGCGUCCGUUAUCAGCGAGCGCUGGCUCAACUGCGAGUACAAGCUUCCGAUCAUUUUGGCGAAACUAAAGCUUCCAAAGAAGUUCCCCGCCUUCACCGAGCUCUUGGACUUGCAGCCGACGCCGGUAUCUGACCUCCACGAAGAGUUUGCGCUGAUGGACUUUGAGUUCUUUAACAAGUUCCAGACCCAGACGUUCCCUGCGCUCUACAACUCGGCCGAGAGUGUGUUUAUCGGUGCACCUAAGGGCUCUGGAAAGACGGUCUGUGCGGAGUUGGCGAUCUUCCAGCACUGGAAGCGGAACGGUGGGCGCAUCGUCUACAUCUGUCCAACCCAGCACAAAAUUGACACCCUCACCAAACAGUGGACAAAACGGUUUGCCGCCGUGGCUGGUGGGAAGGAAAUUGCCAAGCUCACGGGCGAGUUGGCCGUUGAUAUCAAGCUCGUCAACGCAUCCCAUUUGGUGCUCGCGACGCCAGAGCAAUUUGACUUGGUGUCCAGACGAUGGAAGCAGAGAAAGUCCGUGCAGGCCAUUGAGUUGUUUGUCGUGGACGAUGCCCAUAUGGUGGGCGAUGGGUUCCGCGGGCCGGUCUACGAGCUGAUCAUUUCCCGGAUGCGGUUCAUCUCCGCGCAGAUCGAAAACUCUCUCAGGAUCGUUGCUCUUUCGACCUCUUUGUCCAACGGGCGUGACUUUGGCGAGUGGAUCGGGUGUACCAAGCAGAAUAUUUUCAACUUCAACUCUAAGGACCGGUUCCACCCCGUAGAGAUCCGUCUCCAGGCGUCCAGUAUCUCCCACCACCCGUCCCUUCUUCUUUCCCUCAUCAAGCCCACCUUUGAAACCAUCCAGGCCAAUAACGAGGAAAACACCCUUGUAUUUGUGCCUACAAGAAAGCUUUGUGUAGAGGUAUCGGUGGAGUUGUUGAAGCUUGCUGAGGGGUCACUUCUCAGGUGUGACGAGUUGGAGAUCGAGCCGUACUUGAAGCGUAUUCAAGACUCUACGCUUAGGGAAUCCUUGUCCCACGGUGUGGGCUUUCUCUACCAGGAUAUGGCUCCGGGCGAUCGCAUUCUCGUCGAAAAGUUGUACGCGGCCGGCGCCGUGAGCGUGCUUCUUGCCUCCCGCGAGAUGUGUUUUACGGCGCCGACAGCGGCUUCCGUGGUGGUGCUCACCACGCAGUACUACGAGGGUAAGGAGCACCGCUAUAUCGAUUACUCUAUCAACGAGCUUCUUGAGAUGGUGGGAUGUUCUCAGGGUUCUGCCCAGGGUAGUCUCCCUGGCUACGUAACUAUCUUCUCGCACACCUCGAAAAAGGAUUACUACGUGAAGUUCCUCCACGAAGCCCUUCCGAUAGAGAGCUUCAUGCCGCUUUAUCUCCCCGACGCACUCGUCAACGAGAUAAGCACCCGCAUUAUCCAGUCCCGCCAGGACUGUAUCGAUUGGUUGACCUUCACGUACUUUUACCGCCGCUUGCAGAUGAAUCCCAGCUUCUACGACGUCAAGGACUCUUCCCACUUGGGGUUGUCCGAGCACUUGUCUGAACUCAUCGAAAGCGUGUUGGCCGAGUUGGUUGAGGCCAACUUAGUGGAGGUUAAUGCCCAGGAAGAGGAGGAAGAGGAAGAGGAGAUCACUCCCUUGAACGGGUCGAUGAUUGCUGCCUACUACAACAUCUCUUUUGUGACAAUGCAGACAUUUGCGCUUUCACUUUCUGCAAAGUCUAAGAUGAAGAGUAUUAUGGAGAUUGUGACGGCGGCGGCGGAGUUUGAGAUGUUGCCGAUCAGAUCUCAUGAGUCCGACAUUCUUCACCGCAUCCACAACCGUUUGCCGGUAAAACACUCAUCUCUGAGAGAGGACAGCUCCAAGCUCAUUUACCAGUCCUCCUCAGUUAAGGCGUUUAUCUUGUUGCAGGCUCACUUUCUCCGUAUGAACUUGCCUCCUGACCUUGUUUCGGACCAGAAGUUUGUUCUCCAGCGCGUGUUGCAGUUGUUGUACGCUGCGGUGGACAUUCUCUCGGGUGAGGGCUUCCUCAACGCAAUGAACGCCAUCGAUUUGUGCCAGAUGGUGGUUCAGGCGAUCUGGGACACCACCCAGCCGUUACUCCAGGUGCCGUUUUUCACCGACAGUGUGCUCGCCAAGUGCAAGACCGCCGAGGUGGAGACCGUGUAUGAUAUCAUGGCGUUGGAAGAUGACGAACGUGACUCUAUCAUGGCUGGGCUCACUCCCCGCGAGGUCAACAAGGUUGCGGAGUUUGUCAACGCCUAUCCGAACAUUGAAGUGACAUGUGAGAUGGGCGAGAUAAUUUCCGAUGAGCCGUGUGACGUUGUGGUCACCUUGUCCAAAGACGAGGAAGAAGAAGAAGAUGAUGAUGAUGACGUGGUUGUGGCUCCGUUCUAUCCGUCUGCCAAGCGUGCACAGUGGUGGGUUAUCAUUGGGGAUGCGGCGACCAAGCAGUUAUAUGCUAUUAAGAAGACGAACAUUAGUGGUGCCGUGACCAAGGUCAAGUUGCAGGUCAGUGUACCAACAGCAGGGAAGCAAGAGUUGUCUGUCUGGGCUAUGUGUGAUUCGUAUAUUGAUGCUGAUAAAGAGAUUGCUUUGGCCUUGGACGUCCAGGAAGCGAGAGAGGAAGCCACAGAAGAUGAGAUGGAGUAA